AUGCUGGUACUAAUAAUUUCCUGCAAGCCUGUUAAAUGUGAGCCCGACUGGACCUAUGAACUCAUCUCCAUUAAGCUGGACAGUGCCACGCCCUCUUUAAUCGAUGGCGAUUUACAUAUAACACGCAUUUCACGUGGCCUAUUUGCUUUGUCGGGCUCUAUAACCCUUCGCGAGGAUUUAAGCAAUGACACCAUAAUUUAUGCUGAUAUUUAUUAUAGUUUUUUGGGCCAUGAUUAUAUUAAAGGUCCUUUGCGUAUAUCCAAAACACCUUUGCCGAAAUUUAUGCAGACCUUCUAUAAGGAUAUAUUGCUAGACAGUUUAAUGGAUUGCUCAAAAAAUACUCCCACUCUUGAGUUAGAGGGAGUGAUAACAAAACGUGUGCUGGAGAUGGAAAACUGCGUUAUAUCGAAUGAAAAUAUGCCCUCGCAUAUGAAGAAUGGCUACUAUAAGAUUAUGUUUGCUUUUACGGAACAGGUCGAGGCAAUGUUGGAAAUUAUUGCCAAGAUUGAGAAGAAGGAUUAA